UAAUCGCUUAAUAAUAUUAAAAAAUAUAAAUACGAGCUAAUGAUGAUUAGCAUUUAACCUGCAUAAAUGCAUAUUACAGUAGGUAGCUAUUGCUGUUUUAAAAAAUGUUUUAAUUAUAAAGCAGUGUGACCUAAGCUGCUAGCCGUUUGGUCCUAAUGCUACAGUUUAAAAAAAUUCCAAUCUCAAUACGUUCAAAUUAUUACGAAAAAUCUCAAAUUUGAAAUUUAUGACUAGUGAUUAUAAUGCAUUUUCUGUAUUUUCUGAUCAUUUUCAUCAUGGUCAUGGCUUUAUCUACAACCGCUGUUAUCACAUUAUCGCCAUAAUAAUAUGUGAUAAAUAGAGUUUAUGACCUCUUGAGCCAUGGUAGUUGCCUGGUUGCCUCUUCUUUACUUACUGCUCAGUACUUUCUUAUUCGCAAAAAUUAAUUUUUAUAUCAAAGUCUUACAAGGUUUUAAAAUCUUGAUUCUUGAAUAACGGGUUUUAUCUAAUAAUUUCUUAUAUUUUUAUCCAACCUUCAUUAUGUACUAUUUUGUUGUUAAUAAUUUUGACAACUAGAUAUUAUUGCUAAACAUUAUUUUACAAGACUUAAAAGUGUACACACAAUAUAAUAAGUAAUAACAUACAAUGUUUACCGAUUAUAUAUUUACACCAAAGCUUUACAAAGUAUAUACUGGAAUUCGGAGAAACGAUGACUAUGUUCAACUAUGGCAGGAAAAAAUAGCAGACAGAAUAUUAAUGACUACUUACAUUGUUUCACAAGUAGCCACUUACCUUUCACCUGCAUUAUUAUACAUGUAUGGUAAAUGUCUGUUAAGUCCAGACUUUAUAAACAAAUUAUUUUUUCGUGGAUCCAUAUUAGGAUUAACUUUGAUGACAACAUUUAUUUUGAGAAGUUAUGGAAGAGCUAUAAAUCCAAAGUAUAAAGCUUUUCAUAAAGAUCUUAUAAAUGCUAAAUUGGAUUAUUCGACUGAUAAUAAGAAAAAACUGCACAGCUACGACUUUGAUUUUUCAGCAUGGCCUAUAGACUUUUCAUGGACUUCAGAUGAAGAAGAAAGUUACAAAACAAACUUAACAAGCAAUAGUUUUAAGUUGUCAUUAAAACUUCUAAGUAGUCCUAGUCGUCUCAUUGGGUUUAUAGCAGUGCAUACUUUUGGAAUAUCAUUAAUUUAUCCUGGUUCUACUUCACUUUUAUUCUAUUUAAUGGAUCAGAACUUACAGAAAGGAAGGCGAGCUUUAAUCACUUCAUUUGGAGGCGUACGAUAUAAAUUAAAAACUAUUGAUGGAAAUUUUGUAGACUCUAUGUUCAUAGACAAAAGACAAUCAAAUAUUAAUUCUUUGAACCCAAAAUUAAUUAUUUGUACCGAAGGAAAUGCUGGAUUCUAUGAAGCCGGAAUUAUGAGCUCAGCUAUUGAAACUCAUCAUUCUGUUUUGGGAUGGAAUCAUCCUGGAUUUGGAUAUAGUACAGGUGUACCAUAUAUAGAACAAGAACAAAAUGCAGCUGAAACAGUAAUAGAAUUUGCUAUAAAGCAUUUAAAAUUUAGUCCUAAAAAUAUUAUAUUAUAUGGUUGGAGUAUUGGUGGCUUUGCUUCCACUUAUUUAGCCAAAAAGUUCCCUGAUGUCCAUGCUGUGAUAUUGGAUGCUACAUUUGAUGAUCUGGUACCAUUAGCUAUUCCACGGAUGCCUAGCUUUGCUGAAAAACUAGUAGAGUUUACUGUAAAAGAAUUUACAAACUUGAAUGUGGCUGAAAAUUUAGUUCAAUAUCCAGGGCCAGUUCUACUAAUUCGGCGAUCCAGUGAUGAAAUCAUUGCACUUGAUCCCCAAAAUGUAGCUACAAAUCGAGCAAAUUACCUACUAGAAUUAUUAUUAGAAAGAAGAUUUCCAAAACUCUUUUCAGAUGAAUCAAGGUCAGUUCUUUGGGUUUGGCUAUCCACAUCUGGCGAACAACAAAAUCAAGUACAUUUGCAAUAUAAUGUUGACUUAAACACUCAAUCAAAACUAUUUUCACCAUCCAAUAAAAAUUAUCCAUUAAAUCUUGGUGAUGGUUGGAAAGAUCAAGAAAAAAUAAAAAUGUUACUGUACUUGGCUGACUAUUAUAUGAAAGACUACAAUUCCACACAUUGCACUCCAUUGCCAACACGUUAUUUAGGUUAUAUAAUUUAAAUAUAAAAUAAAAGUUUUUCUCAAGCAUCUUUUAUUAAUAAUUUGGUAUAAUAUUUCAGUCAUAAUAUUGUUUUUAAUCUUUAUAUAAAUCUUAUUAAUAGUAAUUAUUGUAAAAUAAUGUUUUGUUUCUGUUCAUGUAUAUAAUUAUGAAAUGUUGGUGAAUUCAAAUAACUAUUAUAUAAUACUUUUAUAUGCAAUAGGUUAUUUUUGUUGUAUUUAAUUUUGGGGGCUAUUAUCCAAAAUAAAGUGGCCCAUAUUCUGAUUACUAAUCACAUGGUCCAUGGAUAAAGGUGUAUUCAGGUUAAAAAUUCAGGACAGGCCCGGUUAUAAGAAAAAUUUGUAGAAUAAACACUUUUUUAAAGGGAAUUUUUAAUAUUAUUUUUUAAAUGUAGAGUCAAUCAUAAUAUUAACUAAUAAUUGAUAUAAAUAUUAUACGUAAUAUACGUUUUUAAUUUUUAUCAUAUAAUAUGGUUGUUGGCUGAUUUGCAGAUGUAUAUUUUUCCUAGAAGAGCUUGAGGAUCGCUGGUUUAACUUUACGUUUAUUAAUUUUAUUUAUAUAUAUAUAGAUUAUUGUACACGGCAAAAAAUAUGAUCAAUACACGGCCAUACGAAUACCUAUGCAGUAUGUAUGCAGCUGAUGUAUUCACACUUGAUUUUCAGAUUUUAAUGUUUGGUGUGUUAAUACAAAAAUUAAAAUACAUACAAUUUCUUGUUUUUAAUUUAAAAAUGCAUAUUUUGGGUAUAUUUAUUAUAAGGGUUCAAAAUCAGGUCUACUUGCUGGACAUACUUCUGUCAAUAGAACUUUUUAAUAUACCUCUGUGAUAUCCACAAACAACAGUUAUACUAAUUAACAAGAUAGCACAUCGGACAGGUGCUGUUUCUCUUUUCCCUCUCUAUGCUCUUGUUGGCACUGGGCACCUUUUUUGCCGGUCGACUGCCCAUAAUUUCUGGAAUACAAUCCAUUUCAGAUCAUAUUGCAGCUGAUCAUCUUGCCUAUACUUAUAACUUUUGAGUUUUUAUAAUAGUAAUAUUAUUUAUCGUGAUUAAUAUUAAUAAUGUGUAUAUUUAAACAAAUACUUGUCAAAUAAAUAAGCAAUAAAAUACAGA